CAUAAAAUAAAUGUGUACUUGUUUUGUUUUAUUUGACCAAGUAGUGUGGGUUACUGUGUAGUGUGUACCAAAUGGCGGUUCUCCAAGCUAAAGGAGAAGAAGUUCAUGCAAAAUGAAUUCUUGGAUUUGGCAAAGGACCAGCUGUCACUUUCUCAUGUGGGUGUCGAAUUUCUGAAUCUGUUGUCUGUGUUGAAGUAGAUCCGAGCUGAAUGUGGGGGCUUUAGAGCUAAUCUCGGUGGUGUAUUUUCCAAAAUGUGAGCGAGAAUCUUCCAGGAAAAGAAGUUGCACAUGUAAAGGAAAAGAGAAGCUGCAGACAAAGACAGUCCAGAGGCUUGUAAGUUCAAAGAGACAGAACUUUCUAGAGAGAGAGAGAGAGAGAGAGAGAGAGAGAAACAAGCAGUUCAUUUGGGGUUUACUAUUCAAGUCGACAAUUUUUUUUUUUUUCCAGUAUAAGAAAGAUUUAGUCUUUGUUUUAUGAAAAAUCGAGUCUUUAAGUCAAUGUUAGUGAUAAUUUCCAGUUUCAAAGGUUGUUGAAGCUUUAUCUGAUUCUGGGAGCCAAGAUUGGAAGGAUUACAGGUUUUUUUACAGACCCUUUUUCGCAUUUGUCAUUUUGUGGGUGUGUUUUAGCUUGAAAUAAGAUUUGAGAGAUACCCUUUUUUUUUUCUGUUGGCUUCUCAUGUAUGUAUUUCUAUUUAGGUGAGUGGAACUGUGUUAUUCUUGAAGUAAGGGAUCACAUAUUUGAACUUACCGUGAUUCACAUUAUGCAAUACUAGUGUGUGUUUUUAGAGCACCAGGGAAUGAUUCUGAUUGUGUAUUUGUAAUAUGGGUUCUGUUUUAUAGUCAAGGACGUGGAUUUUCGACAAAAUUCUGAUGGGAUUGGUGUAGGAUGCGAAUUUUUUGGGUGUAUUUGUGAUUAAGGUUUAGGCCUGUAGGUAGGAUUGUUCAGAAUGGCGGAAAAUGCACAAGAAAUGCGAUCCUUGGCCUUGACACCGACGUGGUCUGUUGCUACUGUGUUGACGAUCUUUGUCGCCGUUUCUUUUCUUGUGGAACGAUCAAUUCAUCGAUUAAGCCAUUGGUUGCGGAAAACUAACCGAAAACCCCUGCUUGCAGCUGUGGAGAAAAUGAAAGAAGAGUUGAUGCUGCUUGGAUUUAUUUCCCUACUUUUAACAGCUACCUCAAGCAUGAUAGCCAAUAUUUGCAUCCCAUCAAAGUUCUAUGAUAGCACUUUUGCUCCAUGCUCCAGAUCAGAGAUCGAUGAAGAACUUGAAAGGAAUUUAUCCCAGGACCGUAAACUCUUGAUGGUUUCUGUUCCACCUCACUUGUUUAGGAGGAUGUUGAAUGGGUUGAAUCAGAAUACCUGCAAAAAAGAUCAUGAGCCAUUUGUUUCAUAUGAAGGUCUUGAGCAAUUGCACCGCUUUAUCUUUGUCAUGGCAAUAACUCACAUAUCUUACAGCUGCUUAACAAUGUUGCUGGCCAUUGUAAAGAUUCACAGUUGGAGGCUAUGGGAGGAUGAGGCUCAUCUGGACAGGCACGAUUCAUUAACUGAAAUCACAAGAGAGCAGACAUUGCGAAGGCAAUCAACAUUUGUCAAGGUCCAUGCAUCAAAGCCUUUUGUCAGGAAUAGUUUCCUUGUCUGGGUGACAUGUUUCUUCAGGCAAUUUGGACGUUCAGUUGUUCGUGCUGACUACCUUACACUUCGUAAUGGCUUCAUCAUGAAUCACAACCUCACACUGAAAUAUGAUUUUCACAGCUAUAUGAUUCGCUCCAUGGAAGAAGAAUUCCAAAUGAUAGUUGGUGUGAGUGGCCCACUGUGGGGAUUCGUUGUUGCUUUCAUGCUGUUUAAUGUAAAAGGGUCUAAUCUAUAUUUCUGGAUAGCGAUCAUUCCUAUUACUCUUGUUCUUCUAGUGGGCACAAAGCUGCAGCAUGUUAUUGCAACCUUGGCAUUAGAGAAUGCAUUCUUCACAGGAGCAAAGCUGAGGCCUCGGAAUGAUCUUUUCUGGUUUAAGAAGCCAGAACUAUUGCUAUCCUUGAUCCAUUUUAUUCUGUUCCAGAAUGCAUUUGAAUUGGCUUCAUUCUUUUGGUUCUGGUGGCAGUUUGGGUAUCGUUCUUGCUAUAUUAGGAAUCAUUUGCUCGUGUACCUAAGGCUGAUUUUGGGGUUUGCUGGACAGUUCCUCUGCAGCUACAGCACCUUGCCACUAUAUGCACUGGUUACUCAGAUGGGAACAAACUAUAAGGCAGCCUUAAUUCCUCAGAGGAUAAGGGAGACUAUACAUGGAUGGGGGAAGGCAGCCAGGAGGAGGAGGAGGCUUGGUAUUUUCGCUGAUGAUUCCACUAUACACACAGACACGAGCACGGUAAUGUCAAUUGAGGAAGAUGAUCGUGAGUUGCUCGAUGCCCCUGGAACUGCCGCCGGUGCAUGCACUGAAAUUGAGUUACAACCAGCUUCUGCCACUGCAACCAGCCCUUCCCCAGUCGCUAAUGAAACCUCAAGCAGGGUAGGUACACCCCUGCUUCGACCCUCUGCUUCCAUUUCUUCGUCAGUCGCAUUGACUAUCAAGGCAGAAGGUAUUCUGAGAUCUUAUUCUAUGCCAACCAGAGGAGAAUGAAGCAACAAUGGUGAUGAAGAAAAUAGAAGCAAAGAAAUAUAACGUAUGAUAAGUGUAGGUUUUAUUUGGAUUACAGAAAAAAAGAAAAGAAAAGAAAGAGAUGUCAAUAUGCGAGCUUUUCAUGAUUAAGUAGAUGUCAAUAUACGAGCUUUUCAUGUAACAGAUUCAUAUACUUCAAAAAUGUAAACUCACAUAUAGUGAUGAUGUUAGGUUCUAGUUUCUCAGAAUUUUAUCAUUAACCAUCAUCCCUUUAACAGUGGAGCACAAAUAGAAGGAAAGAGACACUUCUGCA